AUGGCGGAUAGUCACUGUAUACACAAUUUAUCAAGUAAAAAUUUAAAACAAAUAGAAAAUGAAACAACUCGAUCGCCAGAUUGUAUCGAAAUCAACUCAUCAAGUUUACGUGAAAAUAGAAACGCGACAAUAACGAAAAAUGAUGUAUUUAUGAAUAAUUUAAUUUAUUUAUUGAAUUCAAGUGGAAUGAUUCGACGAACACAAUCUUCAUCAGCUGACAGUUUAUUUUGUAAGGCGAAUACGGAUGAAAUGUCAAUUCAACCAGAAUCAAUUUUAUCUGAAACAAAUCAAGAAAAUUUGGAAUUUAUGCAAAACUUCAUGAGCCAUGACCAUAAUGAUCAAAUUGUAAAUCUACAAAAAAGUUACUCUGCUGCAGAUAUUAUGAAUAUAUUGUAUAAAAUGAUUACUGAAACUCACCAGAAGUCGAAAAGUUAUGAUGAAUUAGCGGCCUUACUUAUUCCUCUAUUGAAAAUUGAACCGAAUCAAAUGAUACAUGAGACAAUUUUAUCGCAGCAUGAGGAUAUAAAUCGUGGAUUUGAUUGUCGUCCUUAUCAAGGACCUAAAACUCCACCAUCACCGAGAAUAAAGAAAACUAACAUGAAUGCUGAAUCGGUGUUACCACACGAAACGAAUUACUCAUUGAACAGUCAUGUGACUGAGAAACUUAAACAACUUAAUGACCAGUCACAAAUAUGCUUUGAUUCUAAUUGCAAUGCUUCUUGCCAUACAUUACCAAUUAAUCAAACUAAGCUAUCAGCUAUAUCAACCAUUCCAAAGUUUUGUGAGCUUCAUACGAAUUCUGCUAGGUGUACCUACAGAAAACAUUUGGCAGAUAUAUCUUCCGAUAUAAACCUACACUCUAUUCAAAGUAACUUAAAACCGACAAAUGAGAAGUUUAUUUCUGGGUCUUCCAAUGAUAUACAACUAUCAGCCGACCGCUUUUAUAAACCUAAACGUUAUUCUAAGGAACAUUCUUACUCAUCCUUGGAACAUUCAUCAAAAUUUUCUGAAUGUGUUUCAUUUACUUCAGACAAUAUUAAUCCAAGAUCUAAUAAAUAUAGCACUAAUCGCUCGAAUGAAAACUAUUACCAACCACAAACCGACGACGAAAAAGAGCGUUUUCAUCGAUCACAGAAAAAGAAACUACACUGGUCUAAGCAGGAGAAAUUUAAAGAGAAAAUAGAGCGUCAUUCAUUACACUUAGGUGAUAAGUCAGUUGUUAAAACUAGUUCAAGCAAACAUUUUUCAAGGUCAGAAGAUUUUCGUAAGCAUACUUCUGAGUAUUAUGACGAUAAAUAUUUACCUCUAGACAAGACUAUCAAGCGAAUGGAUUACAAAUACCGACCUAUAUCUUCCAGACAGCCAUAUUUAAUCUCCCAUUCUGAACGGGUAUCUCGGAAGAGUCUAGACUCACUUAGCCAUUCGUUUGUCAGACGUAAUGAACGUCCUUAUAUGCCUGAUAAGAAACCUUUUUGGAGACAAUCUGAUUAUCACAGUGCUUGUAAAACUGAAUGGAAAUCUGGUUUUCGAUCAUCCCUUCGCCAUGCAACUUCGAGCUCCCACUUCUUUUCUAAGAAGCCAUAUGUUCACACUGCCCAAACUAUGUCAAUACCAUCAUCAUCAAGUAGGUUUCUGAUGUCGGGCAGAGACCAUCUUAACGAACAAUACGACAAAGCAUCUAAAAAACUCUAUAGAAAAACUCUGGUGAACAAACAUGGACGAAGAACUAUUUACAGAGGACCACCUUCCCCAUAUGCGGUGGCAUGUAGUUACAGCAAUUCCUCGCCUCAUGAUUCAUCUUUUUCCCCUCCAGAAGCUAUAUGUGAAGCAGAUACUCCAGACAGGAUCUCUUCAGACUCUAACAAUUACUCACAUAACUAUGGUAACAAUAAAAGUCACAAAGAUUAUCGUCUGAAGUCAAGUGAGUUCAGCUCGCCUAUAUCUCCAUCAUCAUCAACAGUUUCAGCCCCGAUUGAUCAUAAUUUGUCCAUGAAAGCAAGAUUAUGUUCCGUAGUUUCUAGUAUCCCAAAAAUACCUGAUGUAAUGCAAAAUGUCAUCUGCAAUAAUAAUGAUAAUUACAUUGAUGUUUGUUGUUCAAAAGCUUCUAAAACUAUUGCUUCAUCGAAUAACGUAUUCCAGGCUUUGGAUGCAUCUAAUCUUUUGGUUAAUGAAGAUAACCUAAUUUGUCAAUUACCUAAAACAACUGGCCUCAGGAAGUCAUCAACAGUAACAGUAAGCUGUUCAAGUAAUGUAAUGAAUAAUUUACAUACACAACAAAAUAUUCAAGAAUCAAACGGAACGAUACAACCCAGAAGAUCGAGAAGUAAAACCAACCAGAGUAGCGUACAAAAUAAUUUCACAAGCAGGAGUAUAAGCACAGGUAGUAGCAGCAGUAGCAGUAGAAGUAGCAGCAGAAGCAGCAGCAGCAGUGGAAGUAGUAGCAGCAGCACUGGGAAUAGCGAUUGCAGUAGUAGUAGUACUGAUAGUAGUAGUAGUAGUAGUAGUAGCAGUAGUGUUAGCCACAGGAUAACCAAUGUCAGUACAGAGCCUAUUUCUAAUUUGUCGAAUUAUGAGGCUUCUUUUUCAAAAGACAGAGAAGACUACCCCAAUCAUAAUUCCCAAUAUCAGUCGCAACAACUGUUUCCUAGUAUCUCUGAUCCUUCUUAUUUUCAAACUAAUGAAAGUCUUGUCGAAAAUCAAGAAAGUAACAAAUGUACCAUGCAAACAGCGUCUGAAACAUUCACAAAGUAUAACACUUCUGAAUAUGACAUACUGACAAAUUUAUCAGCCUUGAAUGUUCCUGUUUCCAAUGUUGAAAACUUUAAACUGGCAAUAUCAUCAGAUAUACAAGAAAAGUUAUCAGAAACAAAUUGUAAACAUGAUACAGAGAAUUCAAAUAAUGAUAUUAACUUACAGAUAAAUGACAAAUUGAAAUGUAAUAAUCACUUACAAAGUUCAAACAAUUUAAAUGAGGAGAUUCAUUCAGAAGGUGAAAAAUCUAAAGAAAAUCAAUUAGAUAAUGACAAUGAUGCAUCUUUAAGUGAUUUUGAAAAUUUGUCGAAAGAGUAUAAAAGACAACCAGAUUACCUAGAAAAUUAUAAGAAAGAGAAAAGUAACAGCAGAAAAUUAGAUACAUACUCAAGUCCUAAUUUUCACCCGGUUGAUGAAGAACAACAAAGUAAAAAACGUAAAAGACUCGACAAGAUCAAGUCUGUUGUAGUUUUACACAACGAUAUAAGUAAAAGGACAAAUGUCGAAUUGAACUACAAGUUAAGUAUGCGCAUUAGCAAAGAUUAUGGUAACACAGAAGAGGAAGUAGUUUAUGCGAAUAAUGAUGCGAAAACUGUAUUUUUGGAAACAGAUGAUCUAUUAAGAAAAGAUUCGAGUUAUGAUGAAAACCAAAAUGACGACAAUGAUGACAACGACAUAAAAGUAAAUGAAGAUGAUCACAACGGGAAUAAAGAUGAAGGAAUUAAGAGAUUAGAGAAUUUAAUGAUAAACGAAUCGGUAAGGCAGGAUGAUGUGGAGGAAGAAGGUGAGAUUGUUUCAGAUGGUACAAGUGAUGUUGAAGAAAGUGGAAAGAAAUGUCGAAGAAGAGACUCAUCUGAAUACACUCUCUUUCAAGGAACUGGUGAUUCCAGUUCUCACGUUUAUUCAAGAAAAAAAUAUGAUUCUUCCUCUAAUGGAAUCUGGUUAGACACUGAUAAUGAUAGAAAUACAUCACCUAAGUACAAAAGUAAAAUCCUCUCACACAGUGGAAAUCUGAAGAGCAGAAUAAACUUGUCCGCCAGACACCAUCGCUACGAUAAAGAUAAUAGAACGAAAAAUAUCAUUACAACAAGCUAUACUAACCAUCUAAAAUAUCAGUCACAUAACUUGAAACCAUCACAUUUUAUCCAUCAAAACAAGAUAAACUAUAGAGUAAAGUUUCGUGAAUACAAUCCUCGAAGCUACUAUAAUAAUAAGUAUCGAACUUAUCCCGGAAGAUAUUUCUCAUCAUCUUUAAGAAAACAAAUCUUUUUCAAUAAGUUAGACUCUGAUGUCAGUAAACCAUCAGGAAGAAUUAAUAAGCCAUUUAAACCGCAUAUAGUAGACAGAGGAAUACCUGUUGAAUGCAUGCCAAGUAGUAAAGAUUUUAAGAUGAAAAAAUCAAGAAGACUGCAAGAAAGUAGUCGAUCAAUUUCUCUCAAAUAUGAAAAACAGAACAAUUCAAAGUCUGAUCAUCGAAUGAAUUCAGUGUCAUCAACAUCUACCUCAAAGACAACAUCAUUACAAUCGUCUUACUACCAUCCAUCUCAUAAGCAUUAUUUGAAGCAUAGUUCUCACAAAUAUAAAUAUGAUCAUGAAAAUCGUAAAACUGAUGAUAGUUAGUCAAAAGGAUAUUUGUUAAUAAACCAUGUUUAAAAUAUCGUCAUUUUUUAAUAAGACAAUUUGGGAUGAAAACUAAAUAUUGAUGUAA